AAAAGUAUUAAAAAAAGAAGCUGCUCAAAGACCGAUCCCAGCCGUUUAUAAUUUGGCCCAAACUCCGCGCUUGCGUCUGCGCGUUCCGAUAUAACUACAACUCCUACGUGUUGGUACUCUCGAACACUUUUUUGUCUCUCGCCAUGGACGUUGCCUCUGCAACCAAUGUCCCAAAUGCGCCUACGACAUUGUCAAAGGAGGAGUCCGUCCUUAGAGCAGAAUUGCUAUGGAUGCUCGAAACUCAAGCCCCACCGCUGGUCGCAGAAGUUGGAACCAUCAUUAAGACCGGCUUGGCGUGCUGCACUCCCAGUUCCGCCGACGCAGGACCAAAUCAGCGGUCGACCGCCUCUGCAACGCUAGCAGUAACAUCAGCAAAUAGCGACUUGUUGAAGGGAUUCGUUACAAUAGAUGGGACCGCCAUCGUUAAAGGGGAGCUCACGCUAAAACUGCCACAUUACAAUCGAGGGAAUGUAAUAAAAUUAACGAUAAAUUCAGCCAACCCACCCGUCCUGCACCAGGUCCAAACAGCCCGCAACUACCUACUGUUAGCUCUUGAGGCUUUCGAGUCACAACCAAAUGCAGCGCAUGAUCGAGACAGCCUUAUGCAGCUGUUGAACCGUGUGUCAGCCAUUGUCAAGAAAGCCAAAGCUGCGCUCGUUCGAAUCGAUGAGUCAGAUAUCUUUCCAAAUAAGGAGUGUGAUAUCAAGGUAUUCGCACCAGAUUUGCCGGAUGAUCUAGUUGUGGAGUUCCAUGUUAUCCAAUCGAAUCUCGUGGUGUCGGUAUAUGCCUUGAACUUCCAUCAACCGGGCAUUCCGUUGCAGUUUCAGAGCAAAAUCCUGGGGAAGUUCAAAAACAUCAAGCUUGACACAUACAAAGGUCGACCGGUUGAAAUUCUUGAUGAAUUGACCGUGGAAUCUGCAAGUCCCCGUUUGGCUACAUUAGUUCGUUCGAUUGAUACCCUUGACGGCCUUUGUGAGGAGAUGCGGAUCAAGUUGCAAAUAUUGCGAUGAAGGGCAGAAACGUGUUAUUUAGAGGUUGUCCUUGCUAGACAUAGGCUACAAUCCGUUCUAGUCGUUAUGCAGGAAGAACGCCGCCAAUGCUUAGGUAUGAGUAGUGUUCAAAGCAGCGAUGAAUACAGUCUGAAUACAGUCUGGCUCAUUGCCACAGCCCGAGCAUGAAUUGGGUGCCAAUCAGUAAAUUCUGUCUAUCUGCUACUGAACAAUAUAUACAAGAAAUGCUGC